AUGUUAGGAUUGACCAAAUGGCCAGCUCCGCUUGCAGGCCAGAGUCGGUCCUCAUUCUUGACAAAUGCCAUCGCUCAAGUGUACCAAGAAAGGCUCUUAGAGGACGCUACACUAAGAGCCGCCCAGUUUUCUCUCCCUCGUGUACCCGGCCGGCAACAUCCACAUGUCCGCAAGCCAAGCCAUCGGCCCACCAGAUCUUUUGAUGAACGGCAGCUGGCUUCUACGCCCAUGCGCGCAACCCUAAACCAGACGCAGUCUCUGCGCAUCGAUACGACACUACCUAGAAGGAGACCGGUCUCUAUGGUCGCACAUUCGGAUGUUCGGCUCGAGAUACGGCCAGAUUGUGAUCCCGCCAACACUCAGCCUAGUCAGACUCCGCAAAUGUUUCCAGCUACUCCAACAGCUGACCCGACUGCGUUUUAUGCCCUUGGAAUGACACCGACAGCGAGCGCAAAACUUGGAGCCACGCUGUUCCCGAUGGAAUACGCGAGCCCGGCACCACGAGUGCCAUUCCGAGCUGUUGGGCAACCCGCAGCUCCGACUCCCGGCGUCGUAGACCCCGUGGACAGAGCUAUGACAGUUUUGGUGCGCGAAUUGGGCUUCAACGAAGUUCGGGCUGGGAAAGCUCUCGCUAUGUGUGAUACAGGAUCUGGUAUUGACCUGGAGAAAGCUAUCGAGAUACUGACAGUGGAUGCUAAGGACUCUAAGGAUGAGGUUACUUCGCCGGUGGAGCUGCCUACACCAUCAAUCAUGUCUAGUCCUUCUAGCUCAAAGAAACAGCCCAAAGGCUUUUGUGAUGGGCAUUGCUCUCGAUCUUCUACGGUCGCGCACUCGCGGAAGCCAUCCACAGGGACCGUCACUGAUGCAUCAAUCAGCCCAAUCUCACUAUACGAUGAGGCUGAAUGGCAGGACACAAUCUCGCCGCUUGUAAAGCCGGCAAAUUCAACGACGCGAUCGAAAACCAUAUUAAAGCGUGGUCCGAGCAAAGGUGCGAAAGCCUGGAAGGUUCUGGGCAUGGACAGUGGACCAAAGCGCAAUAAUAGCGUUCUUGGAAUCGAAGAGUACCAAGCGAAGGUCGAGCGCAGGAAGAGUAUGCGCGCUGCCGGUGGCGGUCAAGAUCCAAGCGUUAAGGAAGGCUUAAGCAAGAAUCUUCUCGGCUUGGGACUGGGGUUUGGGAGCGGAGCUGGAGCAAAGUCGGCAGAACAGCAGCUAGAGCGUGCUCGAGAGCAGGAGAGGCGCAAGAAGGAGAAGAGCCCGAAACUCAUCCCCAUGCCACGGUAUGCAUGA